UCUCACAAGCUCAAGCAUUUGCUCUCUCUCCCUCCCCCCCUUCGUUUUCCUUCACAUUUGCAGCCUCGCAUUUCGAAUUCUCCUUCACAUUUCGCCUUCUGUUGUCGAGAUAGUGAGGACUAUCAAUCUCGAGUCGUUCGGUGCAUUUGAGCAUCACUUAGCUUGUGCCUUUUCCCCAAUGGAUAGAAUCAACAGAAUGGUGCUGGAGAGGCCGGUGGUGAUCUUCAGCCGGAGCUCCUGCUGCAUGUGCCACACCAUCAAGAUGCUUUUCCGCGAGUUCGGUGUCAACCCAGUGGUUCACGAGCUGGACGAGAUCCCCAGGGGGCGGGAGAUAGAGCAGGCCCUCUCCAGGCUGGGCCGCAGCCCUGCCGUGCCGGCUGUGUUCAUCGGCGGGGAGCUGGUGGGGGGGACCAACGAGGUCAUGAGUCUCCACCUCAACCGGUCCCUGAUCCCAAGGCUGAUACAGGCCGGAGCCAUGUGGGUCUGAUCAACUUAACCACCUGCCGCCCGCAGGCUAUCAAUAAGUGCAAUUUCGAGCCACACGAGUUUUGAGGACCACUAGUUGUUCUACUAGCUGGUUUCGCGACCCUUUUUAUCUUCGCUAUGUACUAACUUCCAUAUGAUCUUAUGAUCUUAUCCUAAUUAAAUCACCUGUGAGCUUACGUUUUGCUGUAACGAGUUCUCUUUAGCCAAUAAAAUCGAGUUUAAAGUUACUUUAUGGA